UCCGCCAAGUUCAAGCAAUCUAGUCUCUUCUAUUAUCGCUCGCAAAGUUCUCUUUUCUUUUCAAGAUGCAGAUUUUUGUUAAGACCCUUACAGGCAAGACAAUUACACUUGAGGUCGAAAGUUCUGAUACCAUUGACAACGUCAAGGCCAAGAUCCAGGAUAAGGAAGGAAUCCCUCCGGACCAGCAGAGGUUGAUUUUUGCUGGGAAACAGCUUGAGGAUGGCCGCACCUUGGCUGACUAUAACAUUCAGAAAGAGUCUACCCUCCACCUUGUGCUCCGUCUCAGGGGAGGAAUGCAGAUUUUCGUGAAGACCUUAACCGGCAAGACGAUCACUCUUGAAGUUGAGAGCUCCGAC